UUUAGGAGGGUGCUUCAGUGCCGCACUGGGCACUGUUUUAAAGGCGAGUACUACCGUCAUUUUAUACCCAAUGAACCCGAUGACUGCCCCUGUGGCAAUCCCGCAGACACGCGCCCACAUCCUGCAAGACUGCCCCCGGUACGAGCCGGCCUGCCCACUAUCCUGGGAACCGCAGAAGAGAUCACAGCACUCAUCGGGCGCAGCGGGACCAUCACGAAGACAGGCACACCAAGG